GCACGCGCACUUUGCCCCCGAGAGAACCUUCGCCCUCCCUGAGCUGGGCGUGCGCAGGUUCGCCUCUGUGCCGGAAGCGGGGGCCACUUUGCCUGGGAGGGUGGUUGGCCUUCUGUCCGCGGUGGCCUCUGUGCUUCCGUCAUGGCGGGCUGUGGGGUGCCAGCGGCGGCGAUGACCGAGAGGUCGCUCAGCGACGACGAGAUGGCAGAGGUGAAAAAAGACGUCUUGGAACAAUUGCGUCGCUAUCUGUGUGAGAAAAUAAUUGCAGAAAGGCACUUUGAUUAUCUGCGUUCAAAGAAAAUACUCAGUCGAGAGGACACUGAAGAAAUCUCUUGCCGAGCUUCAAGCAGGAAAAAGGCUGGGAAGCUGCUGGAUUACUUAGCAGAACAUCCAAAAGGACUAGAUGCUUUGAUAGAAUCUAUUAGAUUAGAAAGAACACAGAACUUCUUGUUACAAAAGAUAACUGAUGCCAUCUUGAAAGCAAAAAAUGAAAAACUUGAAAGUCUUAAAGAAUUGAGCUGUAGCAACUGCAGGCCUUCCUUACGUGAACAAACAAACAAUCUCUCUAGGUCACAGUCAAAUGAAUCUAAUUUCUUUGAAAAGCAAAAAGACCAAGAAUGUACCUACAUUACUCAUCCAGAAAUGCUUAGUACAUCUGCUUUCGUAUCAGCUGCUUCCCUUUAUUCCAUGAAUUUACCCAUUACUGAAGUUGGAAAUGCAGAAAACUCAGUUUUUUCAGCUGCUCUUCCUGGACCUGGAGAUCCUGGAGCACCACCUCUUCCACCACAGUUGCAAAAUGAACAAGAGGAGAUAUGUUCCACCUCCAGUGAUAAUCACUUCUUGCCGUUGAGAUCCCGCUCACUUCUUCCACAGUGAAGAAUGGAUUCCUUGAUGAAUCUUGCUGGACAGAAUGUCUUGUAUAGUUUUACAAAAAAAGAUUUUUUUAAACUGUAAAAUAAUAGAUUAAGAGUGCUGAGGAUAAUCUCCUUUAAAAAUAGUUCAUUGAUACUGAUAAAUAGUUUAGGAGGUUGUAAAGCUACAUAUUUUCUCUAACAUAUUACCACUGUUUAUUCUGCUUCAAUUAUUGCUACUUAAAUGCCUUUAAAAGGGCAUUUUAAAAAAUUCAGGUAUUAAAAAAUGAUGCUCAGAUGAUUUUAAAAGAUUUUACAUUUACAGGGAUUUUCAGCUUUUCUAAAAGUGCUAUACACUUCUUCCUAAGAGAACAUAAUUUCCCUUACCUGCCACAAUAGCUGUUUACUCUAGUAAUUCUUAAGACGUGCACAAAUGUAUUAACUUCUGACAGCUUCCUAGAUAUUUCCCUAAUAGAUACUAUUCAAUUGCCCUGAGAAGGUACAUUUAGCAUAGAAAGUAAUCUGUAGUUUUCUUACCUCACUGUUACCAGUUUACAUUGAAAGUAAGCUUUCACUUGUGCCUUAUUAAUAUACAAAGAUUAAGUUCAGUCCUGAAAGAGCACCUGACUUUGCUGCAAAAAAGGCAAGAGAUUGAUAUUUGCUUGAUUAGCAACGGGCAGAGGUAAAAAAAGAAACCCUUGUCAAAGCAAGAGGUGGGUUGUAGUAGUAUUUCUGUGUACUGUCUUGGAUUGAGGUUUCUUUGGAUAGUUGUUAUGCAUAUCCACAAUUUAUUACUUGUAGCAUUUAGUUUUUUUAAAAAAAAACAUGACAUGAUCUUCUGUUCUUUGCUCCCAUUAAACUUCAAGAGGCAUUAAAGGUAUACUUUACAAGACAGCUUAAAGUAGUCAAAUAGCAACAAAUUUUUCGAGCACUUAAUGUUGACACUUUCACAGCACUGUUAUUAUGAUGCAGAGGCUUCUUCACAGUGCUGAAUAUAUUGCUAAAGUAAAAAGGUUUGGUUCUUCUUCAAGGUGGGACAAUGUUGUUCUACAGCUAGUGAAUUGAAUCCAGUGAAUUCCUUCUACAUUUUUUCUGCAGAGGAAAGGAGUCUUUAUAUCAGAAUUUGGCAUCAGAGGAUCUUUGGAGCAUAAUUUACCCCACACAAUCAAUAGGAGCAAAAGAUCUCCCUCAGUCAUCUGGAGAGAGUUCCUUGUGGCUUGGUCACUGGAAAAGGAGACCAUUGGGGAGGGAACAUCUGUUGUACUACUGUAAAGCAGUUUACAGGAUUUAACCUGCUUCAUUUUAUUAAUAAUUUUCUAUUUAUCUUUCCACUAUACUAAGAAUGUGUGUGAAAUUUAGCAUAUAUGUAAACAUGCAUAACAAUGAAAAAUGUGGUAUUUUAGAGGUCAUAUUUGUACAAUUUUUGUGUCAUGUGUUGUGUACUAUUGGGGUAACACUGUAAUGUUUCAGCAAUUCCUUUUGAAAUAUUCUUUUGCAGUAGUUGUAUGUCCACUAUGUAGAUCAUGGGGAGAUAGUGCUGUGCCUUUUAUUGCUCAAGAUGAAUUUUUACCAAAAAGAAGCUGGCCUUCUGUGGGGCCUCUGAGAUGCAAUAGAUCAUAAAUAUAUCUUUGCAUUAUUUUGUUUUUAAGAAAUCAGAUUUAGUUGCACUAAUAGCCUGGUCCAAUACAUGUUUAUGCAGAAGUAAGGCUCACUGAAUUCAGUGCAACUUUCUCCCAGGUUAAGUAGGAUUAAAAUCUAAUAAAGUUCCUUAUGAGCGCAA